AUGCCCGUCAGCACCACCCCGUACAACCGCAGCGAUGCCGCUUCUACCAGCACCCAUUCGAGUCAGAGUUCCACCUCUGCACGCACCGAUCCUCUGAAUCAGCUUCACCGCAGCAACUUUAUUCAUAACCCUGCGCUGGCGACCAGCAUCUGCACGGAUGAUGAGCUGCUGGACCUCAUCAAAGCGGUCAAGGCCGGAAAAGAUGUUUCGGGACAUCCUGCCAGUGCGCACUUGGAUCGCGACUGGCUCAAGACGCAGACAGUGACGACUCCUGUGCGAGAGAUUCGAGUGGUGCAGGAUACCGCGUUCGAGAUGGUCAAUGCAUCCGCACAGAAAUGUGAGUCCGAAGUGAGAGAGAGCAGUGAUGCCGCCAGCGCUGUAGCGCAUCACAACGCUAACCUCUCCAACGGCCGAAAUCAGCCUCAGCUGCAUCAUCUCAGAGUCGUAACGGCAACGUCCACUCGAAGAGGAGCACUCCGCACUCGUGA